AUGACGUUGCGAGGUCUCGUCCAGCGUCGCGUGUUGGCCGCUGCAGCAGUGCGGGGCGCCCCCUGUCGCUUGGUAUCCGCCGCCGCAGUGAAGCGGUCAGUGUCUACGCCUUCGUCGUUGUCCUUUUCGUCGGUCUCGCAGUCAUCGCGCGUCGCUGCUCGCGUUGGACGGGACACGCCGCUCCACGUUGUGCCUCGCGCCGAGCGACGAGCUGCGCGUCAAGCAGCUGCCAAGCACUCGACCGACGGUCUCGAGCACAAAGUCGUUCGGACGUCGUCGCUGCCUGCGCGUGUUUCGUUUGCGCUCUUGGCGGGCAGCAUUUCGGGAUCGAUUCUAUGGCACUUUGUCCUGGACGAGCGUCUCAAGACGCGUAUUCGAGAGACGUUGCGCGCCACGUUUUUGGGCGAUGUCUACGUCUUUGUUAGCAAGAAAGUAGAGGAGACGGUCAAGCCGUUUACGGAUCCGUCGCGGGAGAAGCUGCUGCCUGAUUGGCCGAUCCCACAAGUGCCAGCAGACACGCCACCAGUUCCUGUCUUGGUUGUGGACUUGGAGGACACACUUGUGCAUUCGGAGUGGAGCCGAAAGCAUGGCUGGCGCCAUGCCAAGCGUCCGGGGGUCGACGAGUUCCUUGAGACACUGUGCCAGUACUACGAGAUUGUCAUUUUCUCACAGAAUUACGGCGCGGAAGAGAUUGUGCAGAAGCUGGACCCCAAGCAGUGUGCACUGCAUGUGCUGUCACGCGAUGCAACGCGUUAUUUGAAUGGCGCUCACGUCAAGGACCUUGCCAAUUUGAAUCGGGACCUGCGUCAAGUGGUGAUACUGGACGAUGACCCCGAGGCUUAUCAGUUACAGCCAGAGAAUGCGAUUCCUGUCAAGCCUUUUACCGACGGACGGGAUCGCGAAGACCACGAACUAACGAAUUUGAUUCCGUUCCUCAAGGCAUUGGCUUCAGAGCGGGUGCCUGACUUCCGUCAGGUCAUUGGUGAGUUUCGUGACGACGACGGUAUCGUUCGUGAUCUUGCCGCGAAAUACGGCGCUCGUGUGUACCAACUUGAGAUGCAAAAAGAGCAGCAAAAGAAAAAGGGCUUUGGCGGCUUUGUUCGUGGCCGGCUGUCGCACCACCCUGUGCCGCAGACUGGAGGUGUUGCUGCUGCUGGCGGCUUUUCCAGCGGAUCCCGCCUGUAG